AAUGUCAAAAUGGCUAUCCUCGCCCUUGUUUAUAAACUGAAUUUCACUAAAGAAACGUAGUUAAAAAUCGAAUAACGAUUCACAGGGAGUGUUACAGCCAAUAAUGUUGCACAAUACUGGAUCUUACGGGCCUAACGAAGCGCCGGUGAACAUGGGAGCGCCUGUAAAUGUGUCCCAAUUGGGUGCUCCGUUGAAUGUUGCCCAAAACUUGAGUAAUUUGGGUAAAACGCCACAGCAUCCUCCCCAGGCAGCGGGAGGGCACUUCAGCCUACCCAACUACGCAUCAUACAUGGCAGCAAAUCCAAAUAUGGGCCCACAAAUGCAUACGUUUCCUAACUAUCAGUCUUUGGGUCUCCAGUCAAGUUAUAUGCAUCACAACUCGCCUGCGUUGCCAAAUAUGAGCUGGCAGAACAGUAUGUUGCCCAUGAACUUCAAUUUUCACAACGAGGCUGUUCAUAAUGCGUCGAAUUACACUACAAGUAGCACUAGAGCAUCAAGCAGUGUCAAUAGCUAUAAGGAGCAAAUAUACACCCCAAAAGUACCUUUAAAUGUGCCUCAGGUACCUAAUAACUUCUUCCUCAGACAUUUUGAGGAAGAAAAUGACAGGCAAACUUUACCAAACCAUAUCAAGCCCAUAGAAAACGAAUUGAGCAGUAAUUGCAGUGAAAAACCCUUCGGGUCACUAUUAAAAGACAAUCCAAGACGAAAGAAUCUAGAAAACACGGUAAGAUUAAUAGAGAAUAUACUUGUAAAUACGACCAAAAAUAGGGAAAUGCAACUAGAAAGUCAAUCAAGUUGCGCCAAAAAUGUUGAAACGGAUAGUAAAAAUAUGAACACAAAAUUAAAUAAUACUGAUACCCUAUCUAAAGAAUUGCAAAACGAAAAAACUGAGGAGCGUUCAAGAGAAUCUAAAACUGACGAGGAUUCAAACGGUUCUGAUAGAAGUGCACAAAAAGAAUGUGACGUGAAAAUUGUCGAAAAUAAAGAAACAACAAAUAUGGAAAACCUUCAGGAAUUAGAAAUAAGUAUAAAGCUAGAACCAGAAGACAAUGAUGACGUAGAGGAGAUAAGGGAGGUAGAAGUUAAAAUUGAACCGAUAACUAGUUGGACGGACACGGAACACACUGCACCGUUCCAUAGGGACGUACACGGUGUGUUACAAGAGGAUAUUGGACGUGAAAAUGUCAUUGACAGCGAGAAUAGUGUGUUAGAAGCUACAAAAAUUAUUGUAAAUAAGGAGACGUCAGACAACUAUUUUGAAUGCCCGUACUGUUGUCUGAUCUUCAAACAUCCGAAGAGGUUCUUAAUACACACCAAAUGGCAUUUGUUCGGUCUCAUCAACGAACAGAGGCUCGAGUUAGCCAAAGAGAAGGAAUCAAGAAGAAACCAACGCAAAGAGACCCGCCAGAAAGGCGCAGGCGCGGUGCGUAAGCCGUGGCCUUGCAAGGACUGCGACAAGGUGUUUCACGCAAAAGGAGGGCUCGAGAGCCAUCGGAAGAGGUUCCACUCAAACAGGAUACGCGAAUGCAAGAUGUGUUCCAAGUCCGUCGACGGUUGGACGGCUUGGAAGGCUCACAUAGCGACCCAUAAGUCGGAGCUGGGUUAUCAGUGUACACACUGCCCGAAACGAUUUAAAUAUUCGCACUCGCUGACGAAGCAUAAGGACACGCACUUGGUAAGUAGAUCCAUACUCACAAUUCCCAUAUCGCGAUGCAGGAUUGGUGUAUGGCAUGUGUUAGCGCCAUCUGUUGGUGAAGACUACCACUAG